GCUUCGACUCCUUCUUCGUCUUCUUCUUUAUUUUGUUCAGGAAGACAGAUCGAUCAAAGACUUGGUCUCGCUCCACAUUCCCCAGCGUCUAUUGUGUCUAUUUUUGGGUUGAAUGAACAUUACCGGGCCAUUCAGGGAGUGUUGAUUGUUCCAUGACUCCGUUUAAGCUCAGACAUUGGUGACUCAACCCCCCAAGGCCUCCUUCCUCGCGCAGGGUCCCUGUUCUCCAUCCAACUCCGGUCCCUCGGGCUACCUCUCACCCUUAAUAAUCCCUUCCACCUCGUUCUUGCCUCUUCUGCUAAGUGGUGGCAAUUACCUCCACCAUCCCGUUUGACAGCUCGAUCUGAGUACCCUUAUAUCAACCUCAUCCUAUCGGUUCACUCGCGUCUCCUUCUCCAUACUGUCGUCAUCAGUCAUUUAUAUCUCAUUGAAAAACAGUCAUCAUGUCUGACUCCAUCGAUCUUCGUCAUAACGGUACCGCGGCCAAAAGGGUCUAUAACCACAAGUCCAAAUGGGCCUACGGUGGCCGAGCGGCGCUCCCGCAUCACGAGGUCUCUCUGUCUGACCCAGUGACUCGUCCAGCGGCGCCUCAGAGUCACUCCCUGAAGUAUUCCCGUCUCUUGCAGCUCGACCGAAAGGCCAAGUCCAACCAGCUGGCUACCACCGCCAAGUUCACCCUGCGACACGACAUUCGGGAGGCCCUUGACAGCGGCCCAUCCGACUCCUCCGCGGCGGAAGACGUUGAUGAACCCUCAGCCGCAAAGGAUCUUCCAGGACACCUUCAGGAGGAAGCUCUGUUCGAGCCAUACCAAGUGUCGGGACAGACAAUUCUCUCUGAUGCGAUAAGCAAGGCAGUAGAGAAAUUCGAGACACGAGAAACCGAGAAGCUUGUCAAGGAAUACGAAAUCAUCACCCGGGAGGGUGAGAUUGCUACGGGCUACCUCGCCGAUGAUGAUUUCGAGUUAGUCGACCAUGAUCACGCAAAGCUGUGAAUGUCCUGAUGUUGUAUACUUGUCUUGUUUCUGUCUUGCGAUACUUCUUAGGCCCACAAGCCUCGGUUAUGGAGUUGAUUAGAAUUCGCCCUUUUCUCCUCGGUGGUUGUUUCAUUAUCUUCUCGGCGCAGUCGUUCUUCUACCCAAGAUUUUUGCUUUUGUACUUUUGGCACCAGUGAUGAUGGGUUACGACCUAGAUCCUACUUUUAGACUGUUUAUACUCAUACCCUCAGUUUGAUAUUUUGAUAUUCUAUUCGUGUGAAUACGU